CGCGCUCGAUGACCAAGGAAGGGUUACCAUGGUAUCCGCCCGUCUACAACACGGCCAGUUUAUUUUCCUGUCGUCGUUGUCGUCGUGGCCUGCUCGGACUAGGGAAAAAGCCCAAGUAUCCUUCGACCGCGGGUUCACGGUGUGGUGUUGAAAUUGAAAGUGUUCAAGGCUUACUACGCAUCAACGUGGUUUUUCUAGGCGUCGCACGAGCUUGCUUGAAGAAAUGGUGUAAAAUUGGUGCGAAAUUGAUUGCGGAAGUCACCUCGCGAAAAUGACUGACCCAGAUUCUGCCACCAUCAAAAAGACCCAGAACUCGCUGGGCAAAUACGUGAAAAAGCCGGCCCUCACGGAUAAGUUGCUGAAGAAGCCUCCCUUCCGGUUUCUGCACGACGUGAUCAAUGUGGUCAUCAAGGACACGAACUUUCUCAAGGGUUUGUACAGCCCGGAAGAGCUCGUCUCGGAAAACAUCAAGGACCGGGAUGCGAAGGUGGCCUAUCUGCAGAAGCUGAUUGACGUGACCAAAUCCGUCACCGGCAAAGACCUCAAGGUUCGCCCCUCUAAAAUCGUCGCCGGCCUCGAGCCGGACAAGACGAAUGAGCUGCUGCAAGCGAUCGGCUAUGCGCUGGACAAAAAGCUCGACAGCACCGAGGCGGUGCAGAACUACAACGGAGGCGCAACCUCGAGCAACGGAACGGCAAGCGAAAAGCCAAAGGCGGCUGAAGUUCCCGCGGUGGCGGCAACGCCUGCUGCGGUGGUGAAUGGCGUCAAGGCGAAAGAGGAAAAGAAAGAUGACAAGCGAAGUAAGGAGAAGGCGAAGGAAAAGACGAAGGAGAAGGAGCGAGUGAAGGACGGCAAGGAGAAGGAGAAGGAAAGAUCGAAGGAGAAGACGAAGCGAAGCGGCGAAGACGUUGUCAAUGGGAAGAGCAAGGACAAAGCGGAGAAGGUGAGUAAGAGUAAAGACAAGGAGCGAACGUCGAGCAAGACGGAAGGCAAGCCGAGCAGUAAGGUAGAUGGAAAGGUGGAGAAGAGUGAGAAGCGAAAGCUGGAGAAGUCAAGAUCGAAAGACAAGGAGAAGCCACUGAAACGGUCGGAGUCGAUCAAGGAGGAGUCGACGGAAGGGAAGCCUCAGCUGAAUCAGGACUCGAGUGUGGAUAAUGAUAGCAAGGAUUCGCUGAAGGAGAAUCAGGAAGUGCUGGAGGUGAACGGAAAGAAAUCGAUUGUGAUACAGCAACAGGAUGACGAGCUGGUGGCGGUGAUCGACGAAGAAGCUGAGCUUAGACGGAUGGAGCGGAACAACAGUCGGAGGUCGUCACUGAAGAAGCAGGGUAGUUUGACUGCCGUUGAGAAUACCGUGCGGGAUCUGAACCAGUUCAACGGGUUGGAGAUACAGGGACCAAGUCGGCAGAACAGCAACCUGAUGGGAGAGUCGAUAAGCCGGCAUGACUCGGAUCCGGUGGAGCCGAUCGCGAGCGAACGGAUCUCGGCCAAGCCGCCAAUCCAUCGGCAACAGUCGGUGGACAGUGUGAUGCGCCCGCGGACCAGUCUGCGUCCACCGAGCGUUCGACCUCCGUCGGCAAGACCCGGUGCACCGCGGAGAAAGGAGAAGAACGUCGAGAUUGUGCUGCAACCGAACGAGACGACGAAGCUGGGCGAGAUCAACGUCAAGAUGGAGGUGUUCAACAACGAGCUGCUGGACGACGACGGGGAGAACUUGAUCGUGAUCGAGGAUCCUACCCAGGUAGACAACUUGUACGGGGGUGGAUCGGAGGGGCAGGAGGUUAAGGAAGAGCAGGAUCAGGGUCACCUGGUGCAGCAGAUUCUGGAGACGCAGAAGGAGUUCUCGAACAUUGCUGGAGCGGAAGCGGAGGUGGUCAAAAAGGUUGACAUUGAGUGGACCAGCAACCAGCGGCAAUCGUCGGCAAAGCAGAUGGAAACGAUGCGGGAGUCGAUUCAGAAGCUAACGAGAAGCGUGAACCCGCUGGGGAAGCUGAUGGACUUCCUCCAGGAAGAUAUCGACUCGAUGGAGCGCGAGCUGACCAACUGGCAGCAAGUGUACUCGAAGGCGGCGCAGGAACUGGCAAAAGAGAGAAGUGCAAACGAAAACGCGGUGGAACCGCUCAAGCACCAGCUGGCCCAAAUCGAGACCAGCAUCCGGGAGUACCACGAGAUGAUUGACAUUACGAGGGCAAACAUACUGCAAAACGAGCAAAAAAUCGAGCGGCUCUACAUGACGGAGAUCUAGAGGGGGAGAGGUUGGGUCGUGUUGUUU